AUGGCUGUACACACCAAAAAAAUAUCAGGGAAGACUUGUGUGCUGAGCGACGACUUACUUGGCCUAAUCCUCAACUACGUCACCAACAAAGACGAUAGAAAAUCGUUCUCCGAGGUUUGGAAGCAAUGGUUUAGAGUCGAAGGUCUGAACCGAUCAUCACUCUGCGUUGACAAACCGGACAUUCCCCUACCUGCGUUAACUAGGUUCCCGAACUUGGUCCACUUCGAAACAUGGAAGCAUACGACCGACACCGACCUCGAGUUCAUAGCACAAAUAUGUCCGCAAAUCGAGGUCAUCAAGGUCACCAACUAUGGUUCACACUUUCUUGGGCGUAAAGGUUUAUGGGCUUUGGGGAAUGGUUGUCCCAAACUAUCAAAGGUUUCUCUUUUUGGUAAUAAAAUUGGGAACUCUGCGGUUUUUGCGCUUGUGAAUUCGGCACAGAUCUUGACGUCAUUGGCAUUUACAUGUAAUAGCUUCAUCUCGGAUCCUGUACUAAGAGCAAUUGGCUCACAGUGUUGUAUUACAACACUGGAGUUUACGAGUUCUUGCAACAUUACGGAUCUUGGAUUGGGGUUCUUGGCAAAUGGUUGUGUCUCUAAAACCCUGAAGAGAUUGGUGCUUGAUGAAAUGGUGGAUAGGAUCUCUGAUGGUGGGAUCACUGAUAUAGGAGGUGUUGCGAUCUCUGGGAUUCAGACACUUAGAGAAUUGAGAUUGUUUCUUGAGGGGAUCUCAGACGCCACUAUUGUUGCUCUUGCUGAGAAUUGCCCCAAGUUGGAGAUACUUGAUAUAAAGGAUUGUCAUGAGGUGAGGAGAGACGGCAUUCUUGCAUUUUCAAGUCAUCAAUGCUUGAAAAGCCUUGUAUUGCUUGGUUUGUGGGAUUUUGAUCUUUUUGAUGUGGAAAGCAUAGCGCUUGGAUGCCCGUCGUUGGAGUCGGUUGUGGUGGAUUCGAGCUUGAGGGUGGAUCCUGCUUGGAGCUCUGAAUUGAUGCAUGAACACACUAAAAAGAGUCAUCAAGUUCUCGACAUGAGAAUCAGCAUUUUGCCUGAAGCUGGAAGUGUUCUAGUUUUUCUUUCAGCAACUGGAAGUUUUCUGUGCAACUGCUUUCCGAAGGAUAGCUACCAGAAUCUAGACUCACUGGCGAUUCAGUAA